CCUGCAGCGCUAUGGAGUGGGGCAACAGCUCCCUGUACGCUGACUUCGUCCUCCUGGGGUUGUUCAGUGGCAGCCACUUCCCCUGGCUGCUCUUUUCCCUCAUUCUCCUGGUCUUCGUGAUCUCCAUCGCCAGCAACACCACCAUGAUCCUGCUCAUCCGCGCGGACCCCCGGCUGCACACCCCCAUGUACUUCCUGCUCAGCCAGCUCUCCCUCAUGGACAUCCUGUAYAUCUCCACCAUCGUGCCCAAGAUGCUGCUGGACCAGGCCACCAGCCAGAGGGCCAUCUCCUUUGCAGGGUGCACUGCCCAGCACUUCCUCUACCUGACCUUGGCAGGGGCAGAGUUCUUCCUCCUAGGACUCAUGUCCUACGACCGCUAUGUGGCCAUCUGCCACCCUCUGCGCUACCCUGUGCUGAUGAGCCGCAAGGUCUGCCUGCUGAUCGUGGUGGCCGCCUGGCUGGGAGGGUCUGCAGACGGUUUCCUGCUCACCCCAGUCACCAUGCAGUUCCCCUUCUGUGCCUCUCGGGCAAUCAACCACUUUUUCUGCGAGGUCCCCGCCCUUCUGAAGCUCUCCUGCAGGGACACCUCAGCCUAUGAGACAGCCAUGUAUGUGUGCUGCAUCCUGAUGCUUCUCAUCCCCUUCUCUGUCAUCUCAGCCUCUUACACCAGGAUUCUCAUUGCUGUUUACAGGAUGAGUGAGGCAGAGGGCAGGCGGAAGGCCGUAGCCACCUGCUCCUCUCACAUGGUGGUGGUCAGCCUCUUCUACGGGGCCGCCAUGUACACCUAUGUGCUGCCCCACUCUUACCACACCCCUGAGCAGGACAAGGCAGUCUCUGCCUUCUACACCAUCCUCACGCCCAUGCUCAACCCGCUCAUCUACAGCCUGAGGAACAAGGACGUCACAGGAGCCCUGCAGAGGGCUCUGGGGAAGUGUUUGGCCUCAAGAAAGGUAACCGCUUUCUAA